UGAUCUGAUGGCGAGAGAAAAUUGGACCAAGUUGGGUUUGGGGGAUGUUGAAGACGUGGAGAGCCCAUCUACUGUGGGUGGCGCGACUGCUGCUCAGGCUCCGGUGAUGACAGGCGAGCCCAGUCGGACACCGGGUGAGACAGCACCUUCCAAAUCAUAA